UCGCCCAGACUGUCAGUUUCUGCCUGACAGGGACAGAGAGACACACACCGCAGACACUGAUUCAAACUCCAAAAAAUGGAAAAAGGAAGAAGUAGAAGAAUACAGAGACCAGAGCAGGUGUUGUACGGAUAGCAUGGAGUUAAAUUUAAGAGGAUUUACAUUUUUCUUGGACACCUACCUGCAAGUUUCUGCCAAAACUUUAAAAGAAAUCAACUCUGGAUUUUGUAUUUAGGCUACACACUUUCUAACUGAACAAACGUCUUGUGGAUUAUAACUGAAGACUCUUCUCUUUGGACAUUUUGAAUUCAACUCCAGCUCUAAGUGAAAGUGCCACCAGCUGAUUUUUAGUUCCAGAUUUGGUAUCUGUGUUUAUUUUUCGUCGUAAUUGUCAUCUUAUGAAAGUUUAAAUCAGUGUCUUUGGAGUGGAAGAUUUCAGUACAACUUUCUGACUUUUUAUUUCCUCGUUUCAUACUCUCUAUCUUUUAUCCAUUUGUUGCAUAAUGUAGAACAUGUCAAACAUGUUCUCAGAAGAAACUCAGAGUAGUCUUCGGUGAUGACCGGCUGUUUUAAUGUUGGGAAUGACAUCAGAGUUUCAGUGAGAGCAGAGUGACUGAUCUGAUCUGAUCUGAUGUGAAUGGACUACACACACCGCCCGGAGCUGAACACGGCGUCUCACCGCGUCGCAUAGAAGUGGAUCACAAAGUCAAUACUUCACCAAAGUAACCAUGGCGUCCCGAGGGAAGCCCAGCCAGGGGCGUGGCCUGUCCUUUCUGUUUCCUUGCUGCUACAAAGACAGUGACCAACCAGAGAUCACCGUGUGUGAUGACAUGAACACUAUGGCUGCACUGGAGCCCACCCUGCCCAUGCCCCCCCUUCAAGAGCUGGACUCUAUGUUCACUGAGCUGGUGGAUGAACUGGACCUUACAGAUGAGCACAGAGCUACCAUGUUUUCUUUGCCAGCAGAGAAGAAAUGGCAGCUCUACUGUAGUAAGAAAAUGGAGGCAGAGGAGAAUAAAGGAGCAACCAGAUGGCCAGAGUAUUACAUUGACCAGCUCAGGUCCAUGGCUGCUAGGAGGACUCUGCUGGCACUGGAGGAUGAGGGGGAGCAGGGGAGACAUACUAUCGUAGACGGUCUAAAGACAGCGCUGCGGACGCAGCCAAUGAGGUUUGUGACGCGAUUCAUCGACCUGGAUGGCCUGUCUUGCAUCCUGAAUUUCCUGAAGUCGAUGGACUACGAGACCAGCAACUCUCAGGUCCACACGUCCCUGAUCGGCUGCAUCAAAGCUCUGAUGAACAACUCUCAGGGCAGAGCUCAUGUCCUGGGUCACUGCGAGAGCAUUAAUAUCAUCGCACAAAGUCUCACCACUGAAAGCAUCAAAACCAAGGUUGCGGUGUUAGAGAUCCUUGGUGCAGUAUGUUUGGUGCCAGGAGGCCACAAGAAAGUACUGGAAGCCAUGAUGCACUACCAGAAAUAUGCCUCGGAGAGAACGCGCUUUCAGACCCUGCUGACAGACUUGGACAGAUCCACAGGCCGCUACAGAGAUGAAGUCAGUCUGAAGACUGCCAUUAUGUCCUUCAUCAAUGCUGUGCUCAGCCAGGGAGCAGGAGAGACCAGUCUGGAGUUCCGUAUCCAUUUGCGCUACGAGUUUCUGAUGUUGGGCAUUCAGCCGAUCAUUGACAAACUACACUCCAAUGACAACGCCACCCUGAACAGACAUCUGGACUUCUUUGAGAUGUUGAGGAACGAAGACGAGCAUCAGAUGUCCAAACAGUUUGAUGUUCUCCAUAUAGAAACUAAAAGUGCCAGCCAGAUGUUUGAGCUGAUAAAGAGAAAUCUGAGCCACACUGAAGCUUACCCUCACCUGCUGUCUGCCCUGCAGCACUGUCUCAUUAUGACACGUAAGCAGCACCGCAACACCCUUCAGUACUGGGUGUUGUUGGAUCGGAUAAUUCAGCAGCUGGUUCUGCAGACGGACAAAGGUGAAAACCCUGAUGUGGCUCCGCUGGAGGACUUCAACGUAAAAAACAUUGUACGCAUGCUCAGCCAGGAGAACGAGGUCAAACAAUGGAAAGAACAAGCUGAUAAAAUGAGGAAAGAGCAUCAGAACUUACAGCAGCGUCUGGAAAAGAAAGAGAGGGAGUGUGAGGCCAAGAAUGAGGAGAAAGAAGAGCUUGUGGCGAUGCUGAACAAGAUGAAAGACAAACUGGAGCGAGAGAGCAACGACCACAAGCAAGCCCGACUACAAGUGGAAGAACUGUCGGCUCGGCUGCAGCAGCUCAACUUGAUUUCUAGUGUUCCAGGAGGACCUCCUGUGACUUCCGGUAGUUUAUUUCCUCCUGGUCCUGGUCAUGUCCCGUCUUCCUCCUCUUCUCUUCCUCCUCCACCACCUCCUCCUCCUCCUCCUCCUCCAGGAGGCCCACCAGGUUUUGGCGUGGCUCCUCUUGCUCCACCUCUUCCACUCGGGGUUUCACUAGGAAGUGCCCAGAAGAAGAAUAUUCCUCAGCCGUCUAACCCACUGAAGUCGUUCAACUGGAGCAAACUGCCCGAGAACAAGAUAAAUGGAACCAUAUGGAAAGAGAUCGACGAUGCCAAGGUGUUUAAAGUCCUGGAUUUGGACGAGCUCCAGAGGACCUUCUCAGCUUACCAGAAACCACAAAAGGAGGCAGGGGACGACCUCGCUUUAGCUAAGAAGGUCAAGGAACUGUCAGUAAUCGAUGGUCGCCGAGCACAGAACUGUAACAUCCUGCUCUCACGGCUGAGGCUGACCAAUGAGGAGAUCCGCCAUGCCAUCCUGACCAUGGAUGAACAGGAAGACUUACCUAAAGACAUGCUGGAGCAGCUCCUGAAGUUUGUUCCUGAGAAGAGUGACAUUGAGCUGUUAGAAGAACACAAGCAUGAGCUGGAACGUAUGGCCAAAGCUGACCGCUUCCUCUAUGACAUGAGCAGCAUCAACCACUAUCAACAGAGGCUCCAGUCUCUCUACUUCAAGAAGAAGUUUGCUGAAAGAGUAGCUGACGUCAAACCUAAAAUCAAAGCUCUGAGUCUUGCGUCCAGGGAGUUGCUACAGAGCGGGACGCUGCGUCAGCUCCUAGAGGUGGUUCUGGCCUUCGGGAACUACAUGAACAAAGGACAACGGGGAAACGCCUACGGAUUUCAAGUGUCCAGUCUCAACAAGAUAGCUGACACCAAGUCAAGCACUGACAGAAACGUCACUCUGCUCCACUACAUGAUCACUGUAGUGAAAAAGACGUUCCCUAAGGUGGCAGCUUUCAGCCAAGAUCUGCAAAGUGUGCCAGAAGCUGCUAAAGUCAAUAUGACAGAGUUGGAGAAGGACAUUGGCAAUCUGAGAUCUGGCCUAAAAAGUGUUGAGGCGGAGCUACAGUACCAGCAGGGUCAAUCCUCUCGGAGUCCUGCCGAUAAGUUUGUCCCUGUGGUCAGUCAGUUCAUCACUGUGGCCUCCUUCAGCUUCUCUGAUGUAGAGGAGUCUCUCAGUGAGGCCAAAGAAGUGUUUGAAAAGGCACUGAGACAUUUUGGAGAAGACCCGUCCAACCUGCAGCCGGAUACGUUCUUUGGGAUCUUCGACACUUUCCUCACAGCUUUCUCAGAGGCCGAGCAGGACAACGAGAACAUGGCCAGACGCAAGGAAGAAGAGGAGAGACGGGCACUCAUGGAGGCACAGCUGAAGAAAGACAGGGAACAGAAGGCGAGGAAAGCCAAAGCCAAUGAAGAGGAGGAGGGCGGUGAGUUCGAUGACUUGGUGUCCGCUCUGCGCUCUGGAGAGGUGUUUGAUAAGGAUCUGUCCAAAAUGGACCGUAGGAGACAGAGGAGAGGUAACUUGGUGGACAUCAGCCGGGAGAGACCCGUAACCAAACUGAACCAGUAACAGGACACCAUUUUACCCUUUGAAUGUGUUGUGUUCGUUAGUACAGUGAAAAGCAGACACUGGAGCUGUUACAAUGUAAUUUAUGAACCGUCAUGAAUGUAUCUUAAUGUAUUGACAUGAAGCAGAACACUGUUCCUUUUUGUUCUUUUAUAAUUAUUGAAUAAUAAUUAUACAGUUUUUAGGGUUUUUAUGUUCUUUUAAUAAUACAUGUUUUUUUUUAAAAAAAGAGAAAAGAGAAUAGUAACAAAAAGACAUAUAUGUUCUCAGAUAUGUGAUAACUUAUCGUCUUAUAGUAUAUUUGCACUAGUUUGCACCUCUGGUUCAUUUGUGAGUUCUUUCAGAAUUGUAAACAAAAGCAAAUCUGUCUGUUCAUCCUCUAAAAACAUGAACUGGUCAAUAUCAAAUUUAUAACCUACCAAAUAAAGAAACUAUAAUAUAGUAACUGUCAUAUUAAAGUGACUUUAAACAACAGUUUGUAAAUAUCUACACAAUUGUGUCCUGCAGAAAUUGCAUUUUAAUUGCACUAAAGUUGAUGUAUUCAUUUUUAAUAUUUCAAAUCAUUUUGAACCAAACACUUUUUUGUUUUUGGGGUGGAUUGCAUAUAAAAAAGAAUAUUAAUUAUAAUUGUUUUUCUCUAGAGGGACGUCCACACCAAGAACAUUAGCUAAUACGAAAACGAUGUGAGCGUCCUCACGGAUGAACGAUUCUACUCAGAGUUCAGAUGGAUUUUGAUUGGCGGUCAGUGUUUGUUUUUUCUUUUUCAAAUUGCUCUGAAACUGAUCCCAACUGCCGUCGUUAUUGUUGGGGUGUGGACUCCACCAUUCAUUUGAGUUAGAACUAUUUUUCAAGCAAUACAAUGCAUAUAAGGUGAAAAUCCCAUGAAUCAGGGAGAGUUGAGAAUAUGUUGAUCCAUUUGCAAACUAUGUAUUACUACGCAUAACUGUGUACAGUGUAGAAUGAAAAGAACACUCAAUCUAUAGUUUAUGUAAUGUUAAAAGUAAGACGUUUGAACAACGCCGCUAUAUCGACGUCGAUUGGCUUUGCAAAAUUUUAACCAAAUUCACACAGUGAUUGAACAUUGCGGCACAACUUUCAUUUACCCAUGUUAAAUGGUACGACUUUGAAAAGAACAACGUUGCUAUAUAAACAUUGAUUCACUUUGCAAAAUCGUUGUAAUGCCGUCUAGGAAUAUAUUUAUUGUUAUAGUUCUUGGUGUGGACGGUUCUUAACCAAGGAUCAGUAUUAUCAGUUGAUACGAGUAUAUACAAAAGUCCAGGUGUGUUACUUAUAAGAAUUACAGUCCCCUAACAAGGCUUGUUCACCAGCAGCUGUAGCCUGUCCACAGACCAGACAUCAAGCGUCUAACGCUACCUAGCGUUUCAAUCAAAUAUGUAUAGAUGGCCAGAUAACCAAUAGGCGGCCAUUGAGUGGGUCACUGAUCCACAGCGUUCGAGGCGGAGCCCCGUUCAUUCCUAUGAGAGUUGCUCAGUGGCGAAUAAAGCCAAAAAACAUCAACUUGCAUUCGUCCGUAAAGCAGGCGCACUAGAGACCCCCGCCGGCCAGGCCGGCUACCUCCGGUUUAGCGCUUUGCUAACUUAAAUGGGGAUUAAAUUAUUUAUUUGUGCGGCUCUUCUAGACUUUCCAAAUGUUAUCGGACCGAACGGAUCAAAUUCUGAGAGUGACUUACAAACUUCUCUUUCGCCAUGUAAAAAUAUUUUUGGCCCCAAUGGCACCACGUGACGGACACGGAAGUUGUAAUUCCAUUGUUUGGCCGCUAUGUCAAAUUGGUUUCAAAUCCCGGAGCAGGAGCUUCAGUUUUCUAUCCCCCCAAAAAGGGCAGGGCCUUGGCGUUAUGUAAAGUUCUCUGCGUGUGUUGGUGAAAAAGCUGAGGAAUUUUUGCGUUGCUGCUUAUUUUGCCAAUGAGUAUGAUGCCCUGGGUUUGAUUGUGAACAGAACUCACCUGGGUGCAUUUUGAGACCUCUUCAAGUCAGCGUUAGAUCCACUUAUCCGUCUUUAAAACUCUUUCUCUGUAUUUCCCAGUAUCACUAUGUUCAGAAACUGGUGUCGUCCGGCGACUUUCGCGUGCAGAAAAUCGAGUGAAGAUAAUGACCUCUUCUGAAGAGUCCAACAUGUUUUUUUUUAUUCCUCCGUGUCCUCCUUGGCUACUAGCAACUGCGUCAUUACUUAGAAUUCCUUAUGGGGGACACAGGAACUAUGCACUAUAGCUUUAAGACUGCCUGCAUCCAAGGCAGGAUCAAGAUGCUUCUUUCUGAGGAGUGAAUGUUUUCCAAAUGUGUCCAAAACCUGUUUUGUAUUGUGAACGACUUGCUCAACUGUGUAAGACAUUUGGACUAUUUGAUUGAAUGUAAAUAAAACAAUAUAAUGCUU